AUGGGUCCUGAAAAUUAUUCCCAGAUUGCAGAAUUUCUUCUCCUGGGAUUGUCAAGGGAAGAGGAGCUGCAGCCCCUCCUCUUUGGGGUGUUCCUGUCCAUGUAUCUCAUUACUGUCUUGGGGAACCUGCUCAUCAUCGUGGCUGUCAUCUUUGACCCCCGCCUCCACACCCCCAUGUACUUCUUCCUCUCCAACUUGUCCUGGGUGGACAUCUGCUUCACCACCACCACCGUUCCCAAGAUGCUGGCCAACAUCCAGAUGCGGAGCCGAGCCAUCAGCUAUGAAGGCUGCAUUUCCCAGAUGUACUUUGCCGUCCUCUUGGGCGUGUUGGAUGAUUUCCUCCUGACGGUGAUGGCCUAUGACCGCUAUGUGGCCAUCUGCCACCCCCUGCACUAUAUGAUUAUCAUGAACCCCCGGCUCUGUGGUCAGCUAGUCCUAGGCUGCUGGCUCAUCAGCGCCGUCUAUUCCUGGCUGCAAAGCUUCCUGGUGUUGCGACUGUCCUUCUGUACCGAGCUAGAAAUCCCCCACUUUUUCUGUGAACUCAAUCAGAUGGUCCGGCUCGCUUGCUCUGAUACGUUCCUGAAUGACGUAGUGAUGUAUUUCGCGACGGGAAUUCUGGCUGGCGCUCCGCUAGCCGGGAUCGCCUACUCUUACUCUAAGAUACUUUCUUCCAUUCGCCGGAUUCCGUCUCCUCAGGGCAAGUCUAAAGCCUUUUCCACCUGCGCGUCUCACCUCUCUGUGGUCGCUUUGUUUUAUUGCACUGUGCUCGGGGUCUAUCUGAGCUCCACCGCUGCCCACAGCUCACAGUCCAUUGCCGUGGCCUCGGUGCUGUACACGGUGGUCACCCCCAUGCUGAACCCCUUCAUCUACAGCCUCCGGAACAAGGACAUCAAGGCAGCUCUAAAGAGAGCCUUUGGGGUGAUGGCGAUAAAAGAAGCCUUAGUGUUGGGGGGGAAGACGUGCCUGAAGUUCUGA